UGAAUUACUUUACAUAAUAUUACAAAAGUAUAUUUUGAGUUUAUCAAAAUUCUUAUGAUAGAAAUGAAAAGAAAACAACUCCAAUGUUAUUACGAAAGUAAGUAGGGUGCCAAAGAUACCACCAAAACGUAACGUUCGUGCCGCUCCUGAUGCCAGAAGGCCAGGAACGAUCGAAACCGGAACGGCGGAGUCGCGAGUGUUGUCGUCGGACUUGUCUGUCGUGGUUCAGAGUUGGCGAGUUAAAUAUCUGCAAAGAAAAUAAGAAAAAAAACUAGAAAGAGAGAGGACCCUUUCGUGUUUUGUGGAUCUAGUUAUAAACAAUUCCAGUGUGAUAGUGGUCCGAUUGGUGAUAUCAUAAUCGAAGAAUCGACAACAUUUCUUUACAAUAAACGAAUAACGAGUAAUUAAUUACGUAUCAAAAAAGAAAUAAACAAAAAGGGAAGAAGGAAAAAAAAAGUAGAAAAUCGUUCUUGUUGCGAACACAUUCGCAAUGGCAACUUUAUCUUUACGCAUCUCCAUUCCGGAGAAAAAUGCAACGAAGAUGAUGCAAUUCGAUCCAAGUACCUCGGUUUACGAUGCAUGCCGUAUAAUAAGAGAAAAAUUAGCGGAGGCCAGUAACAUGGGACAACCUAAAGAUUAUGGGCUUUUCUUUGCCGACGAAGACGUAAAGAAAGGUGUUUGGUUAGAACCAGUACGAAAUCUCGAUUAUUAUAUCUUAAGAAAUGGUGAUUUAUUGGAAUAUCGUCGUAAACUACGAACUCUAAGAGUACGGAUGUUGGAUGGAACAUUGAAAACAUUAUUAGUCGACGACAGUCAACCUGUCGCUAAUUUAAUGGUUGUUAUAUGCACGAAAAUUGGUAUUACGAACCACGACGAGUAUUCUUUGGUACGGGAAUUGGUAGACGAAGAAACGGAAAAUCAGAAACCUGGUAACUUUGGUACGCUCACGUUGAAAAGGAGAAAGGAGGACAAAGGUGAGAGAGAUGCUAAGAUGGAUCAAUUGAGGAAGAAACUUAAAACAGAUGACGAAGUUAAUUGGAUAGAUCCAAGUAAAACACUUCGCGAACAAGGUAUCGACGAAUCGGAAACCGUAUUAUUGAGAAGAAAAUUUUUCUUCUCCGAUCAAAACAUCGACAGUAGGGAUCCAUUGCAAUUAUCACUUUUGUAUGUCCAAGCGAGGGAUGCAAUUUUAGAUGGUACACAUCCGGUAACUCAAGAAAAGGCAUGCAUAUUCGCAGGAAUUCAAUGCCAAAUACAAUUCGGUGAUCACAAGGAAGAUAAACAUAAACCAGGUUUCUUAGAUUUGAAAGAAUUUUUACCGACAUCUUACGUCAAGGUAAAAGGUAUAGAAAAGAAAGUAUUUGCCGAGCACAAAAAGCACGUUGGUUUGUCCGAACUUGAUGCCAAAGUUUUGUAUACGAAAACUGCCAGAUCACUGAGUACUUAUGGGGUAACAUUUUUCUUGGUUAAAGAAAAGAUGAAGGGUAAAAAUAAACUCGUGCCACGUUUGCUCGGUGUAACGAAAGAUUCGGUAUUACGAUUGGACGAAAAGACUAAAGAAAUUUUAAAAACUUGGCCAUUGACGACAGUUCGACGUUGGGGAGCUUCCCCGAACACGUUCACCCUUGAUUUCGGAGAUUAUUCCGAUCAAUAUUACAGCGUACAAACUACAGAAGCUGAACAAAUAUUACAACUUAUCGCUGGUUAUAUCGAUAUUAUUUUGAAGAAACAAAAGGGCAAAGAUCAUUUCGGUAUCGAAGGAGACGAAGGAUCAACUAUGGUCGAAGAUAGCGUAUCACCAUUGAAAGCAACAAUUAUGCAACACGAGACUAGCAACGUUGGAAAAGGAAACGUUGAAGCUGUUUCGGUAGCAAUUCCUGCAGUUAUAAGAGCCGGUGGUGAUGGGGCUCGACCAUAUGGGACUGGUCACAUGGGUGGCGCUCAAUAUACAACCGUCAGCGGACAAGUCAACAUCGCACAUGCACCACCAAUGGUACAGCAGACAAAAGUAACAUCCGUCCUAUCGGAACCACAACGUGCCUUACUAUCAACGAUAACAGCUGGUUACGAGGUGAUCAAUAUCGCAGAAACGGAAUUAUCUUCUAAAGCACAAUUACCAGAACUCGGUACCGAUCCAGCAUCCCUAAAAUGGAUCGAACAAACGAUAGAUACGCACAAACAAAACGUAGGCUCGCAGAUCGCAGCAAUGAACGCUGCUACGGCACAAGUUGUAACGUUGACCUCGGGCCCAGCGGAUGACGUCGACCAUACUGCAGUUGGUGCAGCAAUAACAACCAUAGCCACGAAUCUUCCUGAAAUGACGAAAGGCGUAAGAAUGAUAGCUGCAUUGAUGGAUGACGAAUCAUCCGGAGAAAGAUUGCUCGACGCGGCAAGAAAAUUAUGUUCAGCGUUUUCUGAUCUACUUAAGGCAACAGAACCGGAAACUAAAGAGCCAAGGCAGAACUUGUUGAACGCUGCAUCUCGAGUUGGCGAGGCUUCUCAUCAAGUAUUGACCACCAUCGGCGAGGAAAAUGAUUCGAAUCGCGAAUUGCAAGAUAUGUUGCUCGCAUUAGCGAAAGCGGUAGCCAAUACGACUGCAGCUUUGGUAUUGAAAGCGAAAAACAUCGCGGCUACUUGCGAGGAUUCGGCUACUCAAAACAAAGUAAUAUCGGCUGCGACUCAAUGCGCAUUGGCCACCUCGCAAUUGGUAGCUUGCGCUAAAGUAGUUGCACCUACUUUGCACUCGCCUGCGUGUCAAACGCAAUUGAUGAACGCAGUUAGAGAAGUAACGAAAGCUGUCGAGGGUUUGGUCGAUGUAUGUAACGAGACCUGUAACGAUGAAAACUUGUUGAAAGAAUUGAGUACAGCGGCAAGCGAAGUCAGUAGAACGUUGAACGAUCUUUUGAAUCAUAUUAAAACAGCAACUAGAGGUGAACGAGCGAAGGAAUCCAUUCAGGAAGGUGCAGUUGAAACGAUUUUCGUAGCAACCGAUAAACUUUUCGCUAGCACAGGAGAUGCCGGUGAAAUGGUCAGGCAGGCCAGGGUCGUUGGCCAAGCUACGGCACAAUUGAUUCAAAGUAUCAAAGGUGAAGCCGAGAAACAAUCCGAUCCCGAACAACAGCGACGUCUUUUGGCUGCCGCGAAAAUAUUAGCCGACGCUACCGCGAAAAUGGUCGAAGCUGCCAGACAAUGUACGAGCAGUCCGCACGACGCCAAAAUGCAAGAUCAACUCAGACAAGCUGCCGAAGAAUUGAGAACGGCGACCACGGUCGCGGCAACUCCUGCAUUGCGUAGAAAAUUAAUCGUACGUUUGGAAGCUUGCGCUAAACAAGCGGCGUCAACUGCAACACAGUGCAUCGCUGCUACAUCCGGAGCGGUACACCACAAUACGAAUCACGCGAGUCAAGAGGAAUUAAACGUCGAGUGUAGAUUAAUGGCACAACAUAUACCACAUUUGGUCGCUGGAGUAAAAGGUACGCAAGCUCAACCGGACAAUCCUACUGCCCAAUUAAAUUUGAUUAACGCCGCGGAACAAUUUUUGCAACCGGGUACUGCCGUAAUUAAAGCUGCCAGAGCUGUCAUACCUACGGUUAACGAUCAAGCAUCGGCAAUGCAAUUGAAUCAUACCUCUCAACAACUUGGUUCUUCAUUGGCUGACUUAAGAUCAGCUGUUACACGUGCCAGGGAUGCUUGCGGUGGAUUAGAAUUAGAUGCUGCCGAAGAAUUGAUAAAUAGUUUGAAGGACGAAUUAAAAGAAUUUUAUCAAGCUGUAGAAGCUGCUUCCUUGAGACCAUUACCCGAAGAAACUACGGAAACUACUGCGUUACGACUUGGUUCGACUUCUAAAAAUGUCGGCUAUGCUAUGGCGCAACUUUUAUCAGCUGCAAAACAAGGAAACGAAAAUUACACUGGAAGUGCCGCUAGGGAAACAGCAUCGGCCUUAAAAGAUCUUACGUAUGCCGUUCGUGGUGUUGCUGCAACGUCCAAUCAACCAGAAACACAGAAAAAAGUAUUAAUGACCGCGGACGACGUCAUUUUCCGAUCGCUGCAUCUCGUACAAGAAGCCAGACGAGCAUUGAAAAAUCCAGAUAAUCCAGAAAAUAAAGCCAAUUUAGCUGCCGUCGCCAAAGAAGUGUCCCAUUCUUUGAACAAAUGCGUUUCUUGUUUACCUGGUCAGAGAGACGUAGACGAUGCCAUUCGUACGAUAGACGACAUGAGUCAAGUUCUUAAUAUGAAUGAGUUUCCUCAAACUGAUAAGAAUUAUGGACAAUUGCAAAGCGAUCUUAACAAUGCAGCUGCCAAUUUGAACGAUGCUUCCUCGGACGUCGUAUCAUCGGUUCGUUCACCCGUACAAUUGGCAAGUUCUUCCAAACAAUUUUCUAAUGCCUUUGGAGAUCUAUUAGGCGUUGGUAUGGAGAUGGCCAGUCAGACCACCGUAGAAACCAGAAGCCAAAUGGUGGUUUCAUUGAAAAACGUGAGCAUGACUUCGAGCAAACUUUUGACAACAGCUAAAUCAGUGGCCGCCGAUCCUAGUGCACCAAAUGCCAAGAACCAACUUUCUGCUGCUGCCCGAGCGGUAACUGAUUCUAUCAAUUAUUUAGUCGACGUAUGCACUUCAGCGGCACCAGGACAAAACGAAUGCGACAGCGCUAUCAGAAAUAUUCAAUCGAUGGCAUCACUUUUGGAUAAUCCCAGCGAGCCUAUUUCCGAUGCGUCUUACUUCGAGUGUUUAGAAAUCGUCAUGGAAAAGAGUAAGAGUCUUGGAGAUGGUAUGACGGGUAUAGCAAAUCAUGCUAAGAAAUCGGAACACGAACAGUUUUCCGUAGCUGUCAGAGGAGUCUCAUCAUCGAUUUGUGGAUUGAUCGAAGCUGCUGCUCAAGCGGCAUAUCUGGUAGGAGUUAGCGAUCCAACAUCUGUCGCUGGAAAACCUGGCCUCGUUGAUCAGGCACAAUUUCUGAGGGCUGCCCAAGCCAUUCAUACGGGUUGUCAAAGUCUCGGUAAUCCAACGAGUAGUCAACAACAAGUCGUAUCGGCUACUACGAUGAUAGCUAAACAUACCAGUGCAUUGUGCAAUGCUUGUCGUCAAGCUUCCAGUAAAACCAGCAACCCAGUUGCCAAACGUCAUUUCGUACAAUCCGCGAAAGAUGUCGCCAACGCCACAGCUUCAUUGGUCAACGAAAUAAAGGCACUAGAUCGUAAUUAUUCUGAGAUUAAUCGUGAAAAAUGUGCGGAAGCUGUGAAACCACUUUUGGAAGCUAUUGACAAUCUCUGCACGUUUGCGAGUUCCCCGGAAUUCGCUAGUCAACCAGCUAAAAUAUCCAUUGCCGCUAGGGCAGCGCAAGAACCAAUCACGAGUGCUGGAAAAGCUAUUAUCGAAGGUUCCUGCGCAAUGGUACAAGUUGCGAAAAGUUUGGCCAUAUCGCCGAAAGAUCCGCCAACUUGGCAAUUGUUAGCCAACAACAGUAAGAACGUGAGCGAUUCGAUCAAGUCGUUGGUUGCAUCAAUACGCGACAAAGCACCGGGUCAAAAGGAAUGCGAGGCCGGUAUAGAAAAGCUUUCAGCUAGAAUACGCGAAUUGGAUACCGCAUCAUUGAGCGCCGUUUCCCAAGCUUUAAUGCCACGACGCGAUAACACCGUGCAAGGUUUCACCGAUCAAAUGGAAAGUAGCGCGAGCGAAUUGCGCGAGAAAUUGGAACCGUUGCGCAAUGCUGCGAAAUACGAAGCUGAAAAUGUUGGACAUUCCGUAAAUCAGGUUGCAUUGUAUUGCGAGCCCUUGGUAUCUUGUGCCAUUGGGGCCGCAUCAAAUAUGGUACAUUCGAAACAACAAAUGGUAUUACUAGACCAGACCAAAACCGUAGCUGAAUCAGCCUUACAAUUGAUAUACGUUACCAAAGAAUCCGGAGGAAAUCCUAAUGCAACUUCUCUCCACGCAGAAGUUGAUGAAACUGUCGAAUCUAUGAAAGAUGCAUUACACGAAUUGCAGAACACAUUGGAAACUAUUUCGACAUCUAACGGAAUUGUAACAGGAUUGAUCGAUACUAUCUCACGAGCUAUGGUCAGAUUGGAAGAUCAUAGAAUGUCUACAAUUGAUACGGUUGACUCUUAUGUUGAUUAUCAAACGAGAAUGGUCGAGGCGGCCAAAGAAAUUGCACGACUUGCCCAAGAAAUGUCGACAAAAUCUAGUACAGACGUAGCAAGAUUAGGACCCCUUGCCGUUGACAUAUCACACAAAUAUACACAACUCGCUCGUGAUACUUCAGGUGCAUCGGCUGCAGCCUCGAACGCUGACGUUUCUACCAGAUUAAGAACAGGUGUUCAAGAACUUGGACAAACCUGUAUCGACAUCGUACGUGCCGCGGGAACUUGUCAAAUGUCUUUAGGUGACGUAUACAUUCAACGGGAAGUAGCCGAGCACAGCAAAAUCGUUACGGAAAAAGUUUCCCAAGUGUUGGCUGCACUUCAGGCUGGUUCACGUGGUACACAGGCGUGCAUUAAUGCAGCCAGUACGGUAUCCGGUAUAAUCGGUGACUUAGAUACAACCAUAAUGUUCGCUACUGCCGGUACUUUGCACGCCGAAAACGAAGGUGACACCUUUGCCGAUCAUCGUGAAAAUAUCUUGAAAACUGCAAAAGCUUUGGUGGAAGAUACGAAGACAUUGGUUGCUGGUGCAGCUUCUUCACAAGAACAACUUGCCGUAGCAGCGCAAAAUGCAGUAUCUACGAUCGUUCAAUUAGCAGAAGUGGUGAAGUACGGUGCAGCCAGUCUCGGCAGUCAAAAUCCCGAAGCUCAGGUGAUGCUUAUCAACGCGGUAAAAGAUGUUGCAUCUGCGUUAGGUGAUCUGAUACACGCGACCAAAGCUGCAAGCGGCAAACCCAUCAACGAUCCAAGCAUGGCACAUUUGAAGGAUUCUGCUAAGGUAUUAGAACAACAGCUGCAGCAACAAUUCGUGCCACUGAGCGACCUAGGCGGCUCCGAUUCUGAUUGGUUCGUGUCCGACCAAGAAGAGGAACUUAUUCGUCUGCUCUCCGUCUCCGAGAGCAACAAUCAACCGGCUCAACCAACUUCCGAUUUAGUGAUGGUGACGAAUGUGACAUCAUUGUUGAAAACUGUUAAGGCUGUUGAGGAUGAACACACGCGAGGUACACGUGCAUUGGAAUCAACUAUCGAAGCUAUUGCUCAAGAAAUUCGUGCAUUGAGUACUUCGGAGGGUCAAAGAAAUAGCGUAACACCUGAGGAAUUGGUGCGUUGUACCAAAAGUAUUACGAUAUCAACGGCAAAGGCAGUGUCAGCUGGUAACAGUUGUAAACAAGACGACAUCAUAGCUGCCGCAAACAUGGGCAGGAAGUCGAUAAGCGACAUGCUGAUGAUUUGCAAGGGGGCCGCCUACAACUGUGCGGAAACGGCCGAGUUAAGGGACAGAACACUGCAGGCUGGUCAUGAUGUUGCUAUGAACUACAGAGAAUUACUUCAGGCAAUACUUCAAAUAGCAUCCAGAUCGGGAGAUGCUAAACAUACUCUUCCACCGAUCUCACGUAAAAUUGCUCAAAGCGUCACGGAAUUGGUUGCCGUAGCUGAAUUAUUGAAAGGAAACGAUUGGGUUGAUCCUGACGAUCCUACCGUAAUCGCUGAGAACGAAUUGUUGGGUGCUGCAGCCAGUAUCGACGCUGCUGCCAAGAAGUUAGCCAGUCUUAGACCGAGAAGAAGUAUCCAGGAAGCCAGCGAAGAUAUGAAUUUCGAUGACAUGAUCUUAGAAGCGGCAAAAUCAAUAGCCGCGGCAACCUCGGCUUUGAUUAAAGCAGCCAGUGCUGCUCAAAGAGAAUUAAUAGCAACCGGGAAAGUAUCGCGAACACCAUUGACCAGUUCGGACGAUGGGCAAUGGUCGGAAGGAUUAAUUUCUGCUGCAAGGAUGGUAGCCGCAGCUACCCACAGUCUUGUUGAAUCUGCAAAUGCUUUGGUACAAGGUGUCAGUUCGGAAGAAAAAUUAAUUUCAAGUGCUAAACAAGUGGCCAGUAGCACGGCACAACUUUUGGUUGCUUGCAAGGUCAAAGCUGAUCCUGACAGCGAUAGUACGAAACGUUUGCAAGCUGCUGGUAAUGCAGUUAAACGGGCAACUGAUAAUUUAGUGCGUGCCGCGCAACAAGCUAUACAACAAGAAGAGGAUAGAUCAUUGAUACUUAAUCGUAGGAUGGUUGGUGGCAUAGCACAAGAAAUUAAUGCAAGGUCAGAGGUCUUACGUAUCGAACGUGAACUCGAGGAAGCCAGGGGUAGACUCACUGCCAUCAGACAAGCCAAAUAUAAAGGUUCUUCUAUCACGUAUAUUCAAGAACGAGAAUUGUCAUACGAAAAGUGUACUCGUACAUUCGACAAAAAUUAUGUUGUGCAAAUGUAACCUAUCUAUCUGUUUACCUAAUCGCUAUUAUUUCCUUAUUGGAUAAUUGAUAACGCAUCAAUUUUUAACAUUUGGUCUAUAAAAACAACAAAUAUUGUAUAUCUGACCAAUUUUCUAUACCUGAUCAUAAGAUGAUAUAAUUUAACAUAAAAACACGAUAGAUUUUAAAUUAUCGUGUAAUAUCGCGAAUUAACAAACUCUUAAUCGGUAUAUACAAUUAAAAAAGAAAUAACAUACCGCGGGAGUUUGAUUAAAACAGAUCUUAUAUUCAUUCCGCCAAUGUUUUUUUUCUUCCAAACAUCUCUCUUAUAACUCUCAUUAAUGAAACCUGUAACAUUUAAUUAGAAAUUAAUUGCUGAUCGCUUGUAGAUAUUUUAUUUUACAUAAGCAUUUAUUUGUUCUUCCUUUUAUUUUUAUUUUUCUUUUUCUUUUAAUCCAUUAACGAAAUACAUUUUUCCUUAGAUCGAUGAACGAUCGAUGGGCAUAUUAUUAAAAUACGUAUUUUUACAGUACAGAGAUAAAAAAAAGUAAUAUCUUUUCUCUCUGCGUGUUACUUGACUGCGGAAUCAUUGCUCUGACAAAUUAGUCAAAUUGCGUAGGCGAGUUUAACGAAUAAGAAAUGUUGUGCGAGGGCGGAGGAGGAUAAUGAAUAUGUGUAUGUGUGCGUAAUACAUUUCCUUUAUACGAAAUCCUAACUAUUUCAUUCUCUUUAUUUGUAUGUGACCGUAUUUUAUUAGCCGAUAAAAUGUUAGUACUAAAUACGCACUGACGGAUAUUUUUCGACUAACAAAUUUCAAUCAAUUGCAUUUGAGAUUCUUUUUCUUUUUUUUUUUUUUUUUUGAAAAAAUGUGUUUGUCUAGAGAAUGAGAUUAUCGAUUGAUAUAACGAAGUGUCCUUAAAUAAUAAUUAACGCGUGCGCUUUUAUUAAUUAGCCUUGUAAAUGUAAUUGCGAAAAAAUCGUAUUAGCAAAUAUAACACGUUGCUCAUUAAUUAAAAGUAAGCUACACGAAAAAUAGAUGAUAUAGUAUAUAUAUAUAUAUUAGAAAUAUUUUUUACUAGGUGACCGCGAUAUAGUUUUUAGCUUUU